AUGUAUUCACCACGGACAUUUCUCAGUUUCCUGACAGUGGCAUCAGCUGCUUCAGGUCAACUUCAUGACCUCGCUGUCAAGGCUGGACUCGAGUUCUUCGGCACUGCUCUUGGAGAGAGCCAUACCAGUGAUUCAGCAUAUCUAUCCCUUGGCACUGACAGCAGUGAAUUUGGACAAUUGACACCUGAGAACGGUCAGAAAUGGGACAGCACUGAGCCCAGCCGUGGGCAGUUCAGCUACACUUCUGGUGAUAUUGUUCCGGGGAUUGCUGCCGCCAAUGGCCAGAUUCUUCGUUGCCAUACUCUCACCUGGCACAGCCAGCUACCCAGCUGGGUCUCAAGCGGCGGGUUCUCAUACAGCGACCUGCAAAGCAUUAUCGAAACCCACAUUGCCAACGUGGUCGGGCACUACGCCGGUGCCUGCCACCAUUGGGACGUCGUCAACGAGGCGGCCGACGACAGCGGCAACUGGCGAAGCAGCGUCUUCUACGAUACCAUGGGGACCGACUUCCUUGCCAUCUCCUUCAACGCCGCCAAAGCCGCCGACCCCUCCGCCAAACUAUAUCUGAACGACUAUAACCUCGAGUACAACGGCGCCAAGACAGACCGCGUCGUCGAAGCCGCCCAGAUCGUCCAGAAUGCCGGCGCCCCCAUCGACGGCGUCGGCUUCCAGGGCCACCUCAUCGUCGGGUCCACCCCCUCCCGGUCCUCCCUCGCCACGGCGCUGCGCCGGUUCACGGCCCUCGGCCUCGAGGUCGCCUACACCGAGGUGGACAUCCGCCACUCGUCCCUCCCGGCCUCGGACAGCGCGCUGGCGACGCAGGGCGACGACUUCGCCAGCGUGGUGGGCUCGUGCCUCGACGUGGACGGCUGCGUCGGCGUGACCGUCUGGGGCGUCACGGACAAGUACAGCUGGAUUCCGGACACGUUCCCCGGUCAGGGCGCCGCGCUGCUGUAUGAUGAUAACCUGGCUAAGAAGCCGGCGUGGACGAGUGUAUCUAGCGUCUUGGCUGCUGCAACAGCUGCGCCCUAUUUUACUUUAUUCACUCUAUUUUCCGCUUCCGGAGGGCACCUGGAACAGGAUUGCCUUGCCGUUGGGGCCCUGUCCCGCGGCCUUGUCCACGCGGAAGUAGCCCUUGCGCUCGAGCUGGAGGAAAUCGCCCUCCUUGAGCUCACCAACUCCAGGGUCGCAGAGUGCCUCGACAACGGUAGCGGUGUUGGGGUUCAGGCAGGCCUCGAAGUCAUCGUCCUUGUCCAGGGUGUCCUUGGUGAUGAGGUAGUCAAAAUCCCAGAGCUCAGCCUCCACGAGCUUGCCCUCGUUCUCGGAAAGCCAGGUCAUCUUCUGCUUAGUAGUCUUGAAGUCACCCUCGAGGUGCAGCUGGAGCUGGAGCUCCUUGAUUGGGGUGGUGCUCUUGUCAAGUCCCUUGACGAUGGCAUUGCCCCAUGCCAUGAGAGUGAACUCCUCGCCAAGCUCCAGGGCUGCGACAUCGGCCUGGUCCAUCCAGACCUUGUUGGCGAACCUCACCUGCUUGUUACCGACCGAGGGGUUCUUGGGGUGCUUGGGUCGCUCCUCGUAGUAAGGAGUCUCUGGGCCACCCUCAAUAGUUGCCAGAACGGCAUCCUUCUUAUCCACGGCAUUGAAGCGUGGUACAAUGGGGUCGAGCAUCUUCUUGUUGAGAGUCCAGAUCGUGGUCCAGUCCAUUGUGACGAUGUUACGGCUGGGGCCUUGCUUAAGCAUAAACUCGCGGAGGGCAGCAACAGUCAGGCCUCGUCGGAUGAUACCGCGGACAGUAGGCAUACGAGGGUCAUCCCACCCACUAACCUUGCCGCUGUCGACAACCUUGGUCAGCUUACGCUUGGAAAGGAAGGUCUUGAUGAAGUUGAUACGGGCGAACUCCCAAAGGUUUACUCGUCGGAUAUCCAGAGCGUUGAGGAACCAGUGAUACUGCUCGUUUCGGUCAGCGUACUCGGUGGUACGCAGGGCAUGAGUCACGCCCUCGAGACUGUCUACAACGGGGCAGGCGAAGUCGUAUGUGGGGUAGAUGUUCCAUGUCCACCCAGUGCGGUGGUGUGGUGCAGGCUCUUUAUCCUGAAAGUUGGGGAAUCGGUAAAUGACAGGGUCUCGCAUAGAGCCGUUGCUAGAGUCGAAAGCGAUGCGAGCUCGGAUGCAAUGUUUUCUUCCAUGUUCGGUUCCCUCCUUCAUCUCCUUAAAGACAGCCAGGGACUCCUCAGCGGGGCGGUCUCGGCGGGCGCUAGGAAGACGGUUCAUGCGGUCCUUCUUCUGCACCUCGGGGUCAGUGUCAUCGGCGUAGGCGUUUCCGGCAAGGAUCAUUUUCUCGGCGGUGUCGUAGAGUUCCUGGAAAUAGUCACUGGUAUGGGUGAUGCGGUCGAUCUUGAUACCGAGGAGCUUCACAUCGUCUAUGAUUGA